AUGGGUAAAAGAAAAACAAGUAAAAACUCAGAAAAAGAAAUGGAAGCAUAUUUUAUUCCAAAAUCAUCUAAAAUGGAUGUUAUAACACUUAUAGAACAUAUAUCAGCAAAUGUUGCUAGGGAUGCCGAAAUUGAUUUAAUAGAUCAUGAAAAAGUAACUGAUCACACAACAGGAAUAGUAAAAUUAUUGGUACACGAAUUAAAUAAUAAAAAGUUUAAAUUGGACCCUCCUAAAAAUAAAGAAACAACAAAAGAUCUUGGAGAGAAACAACAAUCAAAGAAAUCCUUGGAAUUAGAUCAGAAAAUUGUGAAUGCUAAAUCUCAAUAUGCAUGGUUAGGUAGUUUAAUUAAAGUUCAAAAAGAUGAACUUUCUAAAGAAUUAAAUAAACUUGAAAUAUUAAAAAAAAGAAAAAUAAAUUGUAAAGUCACUAAAAAGAUUAUAGAGGAACAUAGAAAAAUGAAAGAAAAAGAAAAAGAAGAGGCUAAAGAAUACCUUUCUAGAAAUCAUAAAAGUAAUUUUCUUGAUGAAAAGUAUGGAAAAUAUAAAGACCCUGCUGAAGAUAUGUCAUUUUUAAUCCCAAUAAGGGAUGAUUUAUAA